AUGAUCAAGCAUCUUGAUAUGAGGGGGAUCGCAUACGAUAGUUCCAACAGUCUUACGGCUCGCCUCAUCUUUCGAACCAAACUGUCAUUGGAGAGUUUUGCUUCCCCAGCCGUCACGUUCUCGCUAGCCUCGUUGGCUCCGUUGUCCAAAUGUGUCAAUUUACGUCACCUAGAUUUGUCAACAGAUUACUACUCAAUCCCGGUGCUUGAUCUUCUUGAUGCCAUCGUUGAGCUGAAACAGUUGACAAGGUUGAGCCUCCCCAAAGGAUUCCAUGUCUCACAGGAUAUUCACUCGAUUGAAAACUUGAGAUGGCCAGAGAACUUGACGCAUCUCACUGCUAGCGACGUAAUGUGUUUUCGUUCGGCCGAGUGGGAUUUGCUAAUUGAAACCUGGCCUCGGAGUUUGACAACACUGACUUUCCCGGAUUGUCCACACUUUACUGGGGCCGACGUCUUCUUACACUGUCACAAUCAAGCCAAGCAUGUGCAGCGUCUCAAGUUGACCGAGUCGAGAGGACUAGGUGAAGACAGUUAUAACUUGUUCGAUAUCCUGCGCGUCUUUCCGCAUGUUCAAGAGUUGAUCAUCCCCGCCGACGUGGCACGGAGGACCCUCAACGAACCCCCAGUGGAGACGGAAGAAGCGGCUGCCAGAGAUUCGCCUUUGGAGAUUCUCAGGAUCACGCCGACAUCCCAUCCGAAAUGGUACCUUGAUAGCCAAGGUCGUGUAAAUGCAAAGACAGAUUUUCAAUCUUUCAGCCGGUUUACCGUACUGCCUCGACUUCGAAGGCUGGAGAUGUCCGCAUCUCUUACCACAUACGAACUUGAGGGAGACCAAACGUUGUUCGAGGAGCUCUCUGGCAGGCUCGAGGAACGUGCUGACCGAGACCAGCGGAACUCUUCGGGCAUUUUCCUUUUGGACGAUUCAGGGGUUGCAGAAAUAUAA